GGGCGCUAGGCUUCUUCAUCUCUUUAGAUAGAUAAUAGAUAGAUAGAGAGAGAAAGAUUAGAGAGCAAAAACCGUAAAUUCCCAAUUGCAGGAUUCAGUCGGUGUUGGUGGCGGAGCAGCAAAGGAAUUCGAUUUCCUUCGCCUCUAGUCUCUUUACCCGUCUCAAUUUCUGUUACCUUUCUUUUCUUUUCUUUUCUUGAUUCAAUUCCUAUAUUUAUAACUUUUCCCAAUUCGAUCUUCUUCAAUCUCUGUUGAUCUAUCUCUUCAUUCAAUUUCAUAUCAAACAAAACAAUAUCCGAUUCUUUUGAGGUGAUCGCUUCCUGACUAUUCUGUAUGGAUCUGACUUUGGUCGUCGAUCGGACGGCCGAGCUAUUUCGUAUCUGAAUGAUGGGGUUGGAAUCUUCUGGAAGUUUAAUUCGCUUCGACUGGGCGUCCAGACAGAUAAUCGAGCCGCAAUUUAUGGGUUUUCUGAUUGCUCACUUAUUGGAAAACAACAACAACAGCAGCAUCAACAGUUAAUACAUUCUCUCCCUUUCAUCUUUAUCUUAUGAUUUACUACAUGCAUGAUUAUUCACAAUGAACGAGAUCAACAUCAUCAGAAGUAAUAGUAGUUGUAGUAGUAGUAGUAAGGAAGGUGAACCGCAAGUUACAUCUUCGUCCUCGUCCAAAGAGGUGCUGCGUGCAGUUCCAUGGUGUCCUACCCAAUUUCCUUUCUCGCCUUUUUCUCCUGUAACUGUUGAUACUGACGUCAAGCUUCAACAGUCAUCACGCCUUGUUGUUAGAAGACCUUUGGUGGCAAGGUUGACAAAGUAUAUUGGGGAAACAUACAAAACAUGUAAUCCUCAAUUCCAGUACUCAGAGGAGUUACCAAAGCGAUACUUGACAAGUCCCUCUGCCGGCGUAUGUAAUGAUGGACAUGAUAAUGCAAACUCAGACCUUAUACUGGUUGUGAACAAUGUGCUAAGUAAUUCAGGAUCACAACGAAGGUACAUUGUUAAAGAGAUGCUUGGUCAUGGGACUUUUGGACAGGUCGCCAAAUGCUGGGUUCCAGAGACAAAGAGUUUUGUAGCUGUGAAGAUCAUUAAAAAUCAACCUGCAUAUCACCAACAAGCUUUGGUUGAAGUUUGCAUUUUGACAACGUUAAACAUGAAGUAUGAUCCCGAGGAUAAACAUCAUAUUGUUAGGAUUUAUGAUCAUUUUGUGUUCCAACGACAUUUGUGCAUAGCAUUUGAGCUACUUGACUCAAACCUGUACGAGCUUAUCAAACAGAAUCAAUUUAGAGGGUUAUCAUUAAACAUUGUUCAGCUCUUCUCAAAGCAGAUUUUGCAUGGAUUAUCACUUAUGAAAGAUGCUGGUAUAAUUCAUUGUGAUUUGAAGCCAGAAAAUAUUCUUCUCUACAGCAGCACGAAGCCAGCAGCAGUUAAGAUUAUCGAUUUUGGAUCAGCGUGCACGGAAGACCGAACUGUUUACUCAUACAUUCAGAGUCGUUACUAUAGGUCUCCUGAAGUCUUGCUUGGCUACCAGUAUACAACCGCUAUUGAUAUGUGGUCUUUUGGAUGCAUAGUAGCUGAACUUUUUUUAGGAAUACCACUUUUCCCAGGAGCAUCAGAGUUUGAUCUACUCAAACGGAUGAUAAAAAUACUCGGAGAACAACCCCCAGAUUAUGUAUUAAAAGAGGCCAAAAACACAAGCAAGUUCUUCAAGUUUGUUGGUAAUGGUAGUAGCCGUGAUGAGGGAAAUGAACAUUCUAUCCGCAGCCAAAGCGUCUACCAAACAUUAGGCGAAGAAGAAUAUGAAGCAAGGGAGUUGAAAAAGCCUUUGAUUGGAAAAGAGUAUUUUAAACACAUGAACCUUGAGGCAAUUGUCAAGGAGUAUCCUUACCGGAGGAGCUCGUGUGAAGAAGACCUUGUUAAAGAAAUUGAAAUACGCUUAGCAUUGAUUGACUUUUUGCGAGGGCUUGUCCAGUUUGAUCCUGCUAAAAGAUGGUCCCCUUUGCAAGCUUCAAAUCACCCUUUUGUGACUGGCGAACCUUUCACACAACCUUACAAACCUCUACCAGAGUCUCCUCGUGUGCCCUUGUCGCAAAAUGUAAAAGUGGAUCAUCACCCAGCUGGAGGUCAUUGGUUUGCUGCUGGCCUUUCUCCUAAUAUAUCUGGAAGAACCAGAUUUCCUAUGCCCAAUAGCCCUCAUUUUCAAGUGGCUCCACAUGGAUAUUAUGGUAGUUAUGGUAGCCUAGGAAGCCAUGGAAGCUAUACCGAUAACUAUGGGUUUGUGGGUGGCAGCUAUGGAAGCUAUGGAGAUAAUAGCAACAUGCAUGCGUACUUCUCACCGGUUGGUCCGUCAGUUAUGAAGAGUGGUAUACCUAUUCUAGGAAGCAGUCCUGAUGCCAGGCUGAGAAUCCCUCAACUUCCCCAUAUGCAUAACCUUGGUGUGAGCCCAUCUGCCGGAAAUUUUGUGCCAAUGUCUCUUGGAACGAGUCCUUCUCAAUUUACACCUCCCUGCUCAUAUGGCCAUGUUUCUGCUGGUUCUCUUGGACAAUUUGGUCCAACUUCACCACUGGGUAAGGGGGGGACUCCGGUCAGCCAUUUCAACAGGAGAAAAAAUAUGGAAUAUUCCGCUAAUUUGCAUUCUCAAGAAAAUCCGUCAAUUCCUCAUUGGCAAGGGCAAAUGGCUGAAGGUACAAGCUAUGGCCAAAUUGAAACAACAUCUCAAGGGAUUGGUGGCACUCCUUCCUUGCACUUGCAGUCAGCUACAAAUGCUCCAAGCUGGAAGAAGCAACAGAGUGGGCCUGGAUACUACGUUCCGCAUAAUGUUCCGCAUAAUGUUGGAGGUUCGUUUGCAGUUGGGUCUAAUAUGCAAUUCUCGCACCUGAAGGGAACUGCUUAUGAUAAGCCAAAGGCUAGCCUAAAUUUGCCUGAUCCUGGAGAUUGGGAUCCCAAUUAUAGCGAGGAUCUAUUUCUGCAAGACGAUGGUUCCGAAUUGAGCAACAUAGAUUCAGAGUUCAACAAAAAAUUUCAUCUUGAUCCAGCUUUACCUCCAUUGUACGUGAGCAAGCACAACCAUGUUCCAGGCACGACUUCUGGCUCUUCAAUGCAAAGACCAAAUGGAUCCGUCCAACCAUUUUUACAUGGAGAAGACACUGAAACGCAUGGUGGGCAUGCCAGAUACGUGACAAAGGGUUCACAUUUUAUGAACCAUUUCCCGUCAAAUUCUUCUCCAAGCCGUCUUGGCCAGCAACCAAUCCAGCGGUUCAACCCGGGAAGAUCAACAUCAUCAAUUAAGGUCCAACAAUCUCCUUCUGGUUUCAACUUCGGUGGUCCUGGUGGUCCUCUUUCGCCUAAGAGUAGCCAAUUUAGCAAUGGGCGCAGAGGCAACCUUCCAGUGACGACAAACAUUCCUCCGACUUCUCGUGGAAGAAAGGACUACAGUGGAAUCACGUAGCUUGAAAGUGAUUUAUUUUUCUUCUUCCCAUUUGCGAGUAUUUGCAUGUUGGCAAGAAAAAAGAUGUCCCAAAUAUCUAAACAAAUUGUUCAUUCAAUAUGAUUGUCAUUGAUAUAAAAUUUACAUUAUGAUUUUUUUUUAUUUUUUAAUUUAUUCAUAAAAAAAAUAUCGCUUUAUUU